AUAAGAUCCAAAUUUCAGUGUGAACUAGAUCGUGUGGUGAUCAAUUCAAUCCGCUCUGCACAAAAUAUCUCACAAAGUUUCUCACAUAGUAUUCAACUAUGCGAUGAAGAGUCUGAAUCGAGCACAGAUCCCGAUUCAGUGCUUCUGUCGCGUAUCGAUACUUUUCUUGAACGAAUCGGGAAGUAUGUCUUCCCACAGACGGAAGUGGUAGAACUGUUACGAAGAUGUUAUGGAAUUGUACGUCAUUUGGAGAACAGUCCGGAAGAUGCGACGACAGUGUUAGGUGCGGCGAUGAACGGUACGCAGAGUGCUGACCUAUCGAAGUGCAUUGAAUUCGUGGCCAAUAAUCUAGCAGCUAUACAUGCGCUGCAUUCUCAUCGUCCGUUCACCAGCUCAUUCAAGCCUUUCUCAAGCGAAGAGGCUCAGUUCCUUUCUGAUCUCAAUGCACAUGUUUCAUCCACUUUAUAA